CGGUUUCGAUCUGGGAUACUGGGAAUGGUAUACAGAAAGCUCCUAAAGUUGAAGAAAAUGAAUGGGAGGAUCUCAUCUGAGGUUAUUACCAUAUUCGGGUCAGACGCUUUGAGAGUAUCCAUGAACACCCAUUUGUUCGUGUAUAUCUUAUCGAUGCCCGUCAGUCUGAUUAUCGGAACAGCCUAUCUCUACUACCUCACAGGAGUGUGGUGUUUCAUAUCAUUUGCAACCUUUUUCGUGUGCUCCUUAUUCCAGGUAUUACUAAUGAAAAUGAUCUCUAUUCUCCGACGACGGACAUUGGAAUGGACGGAUAUAAGAAUACGUAAGAUGAAUGAAGUUCUCGCAGGCAUGAAACUGAUAAAAAUGUAUGUGUGGAAGGAAGUAUUCCAACGUUCCAUUACGGAUAUUAGGAAAACGGAAAGCAGACCGGUAUUGCAAUCUGCAAUAUUAAACUUGGCUUCCAGUGCCAUCAUUCCUCUUACACCGUCGCUCUCUACGGUAGCCACCAUAACCCUGUAUGCAUAUGCGGGAAAUGUACUGACAGCAUCAACGUGCUUUCCGGUUGUUGCCACUCUUAACUUUAUGUGGAAUGCAGUUAUCAACGUUCCGUUCGCCUUCCGGGUAUUUGGAGAAACCAUGAUCAGUUUUGAAAGGAUAAAGCGUUUUAUGUUAGAAGAAGAAUACAAAAAACCGGGGCAAGAUGUCAUUGAUUCAGAGAAUUCUAUUGAAGUCCGUGACGCGGUGUUUGUGCGUGAUAGCGUGAACAGCAAUUCAGACAACAAGAUCGACGAACUGAAUUGCAGUUCUUCGAGGACAUCAUCAGUACUACGGAUCUCCAAUCUUACUGUUGUAAAGGGUAAGCAUAUUGGAAUAUGCGGUACUCACGGCUGUGGGAAAUCAUCCUUGAUGCAGGCUUUGAUAGGAAGGAUGUCCCUGCGUUCAGGUCAUCUUGCUGUUUCUGGUUCCAUAGCACAUGCCGCACAACAAGCCUGGGUUUUCAACGGGACAUUAAGGGAAAAUAUCCUUUUCGGAAAACCCUAUAAAGAAGAUUGGUAUACCACGGUUUUGCACUCCUGCAGUUUGGACUCUGAUAUCGGUAUACUUGCAAACGGUGAUAUGUCUGAGAUCGGUGAUAAAGGGAUAAACCUAAGUGGUGGCCAGAAACAGCGCGUGAGUCUUGCACGUGCUGUCUACAGUAACAGCGACAUCUACCUCCUUGACGAUCCACUGUCCGCCGUUGACAUCCACGUUCGGCAGCAUUUGUUCCAAAAUUGUAUUGAUAAUGUGUUGAAAGACAAAACUGUUGUUUUGGUGACUCAUCAUCUCGAGUAUCUUAAGCACUGCGACGAAGUCUACGUUAUGGAUGAGGGCGCAAUAGUUGAACACUGUGACCACAAGUCGUUGUUAACACAAGACGGACAUUUCACAAAGCUGUGGGAACAGUUCAACACGGCUCAUACUGGUACUGUAGACGAAAAAGCAGAAGAUGUAGAUCGGCAGGAAAGUAUUGAUAUGACAAAAAAUCAACAACAGAACGCAUCUACAAGAAAGAUUGAUCAUGAUAACAACUAUGAAAAAGGUAUUUUGACGGACAGAGAGAAAGCUAAGAUUGGCAACAUCAGUAUGGAUGUUUACAUGAGCUACAUCCGAGCAGCUGGAGGAAAACUAACGGUAGCCUUUGUGAUCCUGAUAUAUCUUUGUUCCAUAUCUUCACUUACCUUCAGUGACUGGUGGCUUGGACUUUGGAUAAAAGCCACUACUGACCCAGGACAGACUAAGUUACGUUCUGAAUCCAAUACAACUGAAAGCAAUGUCUCUACCCCUGGCAAUGUCUCGACACCUGGCAAUGUCACAGAAACACCAACCUCCUCCAGGGAAAUCGAGUUAGAGAAAACGGUCUGGUUCACUGUUUACGGCUAUUCAAUUAUUGGUGUGAUUGCGUUGGCGAUAUUAAAAGCAGCAAUAGCAGGGAUGGUGAUGGUAAGGGCGUCUGUAAACUUACACAACAAUGCCAUGAGGAGAGUGAUGAGUGCUCCAAUGCAGUUCUUUGACGCAAAUCCGCCGGGUAGAAUCAUAAACCGGUUCUCGCGAGACAUAGAAAAUGCUGAUGUAUUUAUACCUUUUACGCUGGAUAGUUUACUUCGAGCCCUGAUCCUCGUACUUCUGUAUUUCAUCAGCACAGUUUACAAUUUCCCUUUGUACAUCAUUGCGGUUUUCUCCGCUGGAGUUUACUUCUAUAUAAUCAAUACUAUAGCAUCCGUGUCGGUCCGGAAUUUCGAGCGUCUUGAAAACAUCGUUCGAUCAUCAUUUAUAAGUCAUGUGACCACAACAUGCAAUGGACUUAACACCAUUAAUGUUUACGGACAGGAAAAGAACUUGAUGAGUAGGUGUAAACAUUACUCGGACACAACUACCAAGGGAUUGAUGCUGCAUCAUGCCUGCGUUAGGUGGAUGGGCCUGCGAAUAGACAUUGGGGGUUCUGUGUUGACCAUUAUCACAAUUAUAGUUGUACUUACCACAAAGGGUUCCAUAUCCCCAGCGAUGUCGGCUCUAUCACUGACGUUGUCCAUCAAUGCGGCCUCACUAAUCCAGUUCCUCGCCCGUAUGUUCAAUGAGACGGAGGCAAAAUUUACAGCGAUCGAGCGCAUACAUGAGUACGAGAAUCUCAAAAUAGAAGAGGACACUGGGCGUUUGCAGGUAGACAAUAGCUGGCCAAACCAGGGAAGGAUAGUGUUUUCAAAUGUGAUGAUGAAAUAUCGUAUGGACAUGGACCCAGUGCUCCAUAACAUCAGUUUUGAUAUCCUUCCCAAACAAAAAGUUGGCAUUGUAGGCCGCACGGGAGCAGGGAAGUCAUCAUUGGUUAGUGCACUGUUCAGGCUGACGGAUCUAUCGGGAGGUCACGUGUUUAUUGACGACGUCGAAAUUGGAACUGUGUCUCGAGAUAAAUUGCGUGCAAGUUUGUCAUCAAUUCCACAAGAUCCUGUACUUUUUGCUGGUACUUUAAGGUAUAAUCUGGAUCCUUUUGAAAGGUUUACGGACGCAGAGUUGUGGAUAGCACUGGAACAUGUUCAUAUCAAAGAAAAGAUGAAUCUUCUUGGCCAGACUCUUGAAUUGCAAAUCGAGGAAAAUGGGGAAAAUUUCUCCGUAGGUGAACGACAAUUAAUUUGUUUAGCACGUGCAAUCUUGCGUCAAAAUAAGAUCCUGAUUCUGGACGAAGCCACUGCGUCUAUCGACACGUCCACAGACGCCAUGAUACAGGAGACGAUCAGGAAGAGUUUCUCCGACUGUACUGUCCUGACGAUCGCUCACAGACUCAACACCGUCUUACACUGUGACGUCAUACUCGUUAUGGACGCUGGAAAGGUGAUAGAAAUGGGCAAUCCACAGACCUUGUUACAGAAUCCUUCUUCACAUUUCAGCAGUAUGAUCCGUGCUCAAACUGUGCGGUCACAUGAUUUUUGAC